AUGGGUGUCAAAGGACUUUGGCAGCUGUUACAGCCGGUUGCAAGGCCUGUAAAAUUAGAAAUGCUGGGAGGUAAACGCGUAGCUAUAGACUCAUCUAUCUGGCUUUAUCACUUCCUUAGAGCUAUCAAAGACAAACAGGGCCAUACGCUCACCAACGCCCAUAUCCUUGGUUUUCUUAGACGUAUACUCAAACUGCUAUUCUACGGUUUGAAACCGGUCUUUGUGUUUGAUGGAGGUGCACCUAGGCUUAAGAAAACCACCAUCUCUGAACGUAAAAAUAGACGACAGGGAGCUAGACAAAGCCAUGCAUUGAUAGCUUCAAGGUUAUUAUCUGCACAGCUUAGAAAGGCAGCAAUUCAGCAACAACAGAGAGCUGUACAAUCGAAAGGAACAGCAAAACGCAGUGACGAUUCGGAUAAUGAUGAUAAUGUAGCUUAUCUUGAUGAUCUCAAUAAUGUUGCCCCCAAAAAGCAAACACCACAGAAGAAGCGGAGAUUAGAUCCAUAUGAGUUACCUGCAGUUCCGUCACAUCCUAAAUCAAACAUACCAGAUCCGAGACUAGCUACUGAGGAUGAACUUCGUGACUUUAUAUCAACUAUGAAACCGUCUGAUUUCGAUACGUCUUCAGAAGCAUUCAAGCAGCUGCCACCAGAAGUACAAUAUGAAUUGAUCGGUGAUAUGCGAUUAAAGUCCAGAAGCACAUCUUUUUCAAGAUUAGAAACUAUGCUUCGCAAAUCAUCAACUGCGAAAGACUUCUCUAAAGCUCAAAUACAAAAUCUUAUGCAAAGGAAUGACUUAACUCAGAAACUUAUCAAUCACUCAGAGGGAAUGGGUAAAGACGAAGAGUCACCGGUUGCUCUACGAGUAUCUACAUCUAGAAACAAAGAAUAUUUCCUCAUGCGAAAAUCAGAUAAUGAAGGUGGUGGAUGGGUUUUGGGUAUACAAGACUCAAGGGGACAACCAGGUCAGAAGCCCAUUGAAAUAUCCAGCGAUCAUGAAGAUGGUGAAGAACAACAUAUAUCUGAAGAUACGGAUGAAGAUGAUAUGGAUAUGGAGGAAGUGAGCAUUCCACCAGCAGAAGUUUCAGAUGUUCCCGCUUUUAACGAAGAUGGGUCACAAAUCCCACAUGUAUACGAUACAUUUGAGGAAAAUGAAGCACAAUUAACAGGCCUGGAUGCAGCUUUAGAUGAGAGUAUGAUUACGAAAGCCAAGGAGGACAGUUUGAGAAUGUUUACUGAGAUGGCGCGGAGACAUCGAGAGAAAGAGAAAGCUACUGACAGUAUAGAGAACCAGCCCGAUUCUUUGAAAGAUGUGAGGGGUGUUAGUAAUGCGCAAGCAACACAAAAGCUCGGACAAAUGCAGCCUAAUGUCACUCGCACUAUAACGAAGCCACCUGAACAACCAUCUUCACAGCGUAAAGCAACACUCAAGCAUACCCCCGCCAGACCCCAGGAGGAGAAGAGAGAAAAACUAAAACUACAAGAUUUCCAAAGUAGACAGUCUAAAAGAUUGCCUGAGAGGAAGUCUGUUACACCUGAAGAUCAAACACCCCUGUUUUUAGAUGAAGACGAAGAAAAUGAUGUAGCUGACAUGGAAGAGGUCGCGCAGAUUCCCUCUGUAGAUUACCAGAAGAAGAAUUAUGUAUCUGAGCCUAUCGAUAAAGCGACGUCUGAAAAGCAAAUCGACAUAGUCAAAAUAGAGAAGCAUGACACAGAUUUGAAUUUACCACAGGGGCAGGGAGCCAUUUUUAAAGAACCACAUAAAGCACCACAAAAAGAACUUUUAGACUCAGAUGUUGAAAGUGCGUAUAGUGGUUGGGAAGAAUCACCGCCGCCGCAACAACCUCCGCAAACUACUACGUCUGCAUCUGUAUCGCAAUCAACGUCAACUCAAAACGAGAAACAACUCGAUGAGCUACAUCUAAAAGAUCGAUCUUCAGAAAACAAAGAGAUGUCACCACCUAUAGAUAUAGAUGCAUCUGAUAACGAGAUUGAAGCAAUAGAGGCUAUUGAAAAUGAGGAGAAGGAUUAUAUUGCGUUUAGUUCAACAGUCAAUAAUAAAAACUACGAUGAAAUGUUAGCUGAAGCAGAUUUAGAUAUACGUAGAUUGCAGCAAUCGGCAAAGAAAAUGUCAGGUGGUAGUGAUGAUCCUACUAUGCAAAUGACAGGAGAGAUCCAAAAGUUACUACGAGCGUUUGGUAUACCAUACAUAACAGCGCCUAUGGAAGCUGAAGCACAAUGCGCUAAGUUAGCUCAAAUGAAUCUAGUUGAUGCGGUUAUAACUGACGAUAGUGAUGUCUUCCUGUUUGGUGCACCUAUAGUAUACAAAAACAUGUUUAACGAUAGGCAAUUUGUCGAAUGUUAUGUUUCGUCGGAUAUAGAGCGAGAUCUGUCAUUAUCUAGGGAUAGAUUGAUAGAACUUGCUCAUAUUCUAGGAUCUGAUUACACUAACGGCUUUCCUGGGGUUGGUCCAGUAAUGGCUAUGGAGUUAUUGGCCGAUUUUGCUCAUGAGAAUACCCUCGUUGGUUUCAGAGAUUGGUGGAUCAAAGUACAAAAUGGCAAAGAUACGUCAAAUGAUACCAGUACGAGAUUUAGAAAGAAUUUCAAGAAGAAAUCAAAGAAUCUUUUCCUUGAUAAAGAGUUCCCAGAUCCGCAAGUUAAAGGUGCAUACUAUGGGGCUAAAACUGACAGCUCGAAUGAGGAGUUUGUUUGGGGUAUACCAAAUCUGGAUGAAUUGAGGGAAUACCUCUACAAUUACCUUGGAUGGCCUGCUCAUAAAGUAGAUGAUACUAUCAUACCUGUUAUGAAACACAUGCGCAAUAAGAAAGCAGCACCUCAAACAUCACUUGAUCGGUACUUCGAUGAUACUGUUGGCGCAGGUGUAUUGGGACCGCGUCCUAUGGCUGCGUAUUCAAGUAAUAGACUCAAAGAAGUCGUCAAAGCGUUCAGAGGAAGGAACAAUUCAGAAACACCAGCAAGCUCUGGUUCUGAUUCCGAAGAGGCUGACUCAACCAAAAAGAAAAAGAAACAGCCUGCCAAACCACGGAAGCGGACGCAGAAACCUGCAAGGGUUGCUUCAAAGAGGAAGAAGGACACAAGCGAGGAAGAUGAGGCUAGUGAUUGGGAAGAUGAAGACGAAUAACAUUAUCUAAUAUUAAGGACGUAGACUUGUUG